AUGGAUGAUGAUGAUGAUGAGCAAUUACCUGAAAAAUCUUCCUGUGAUAAUUCCGAUAAUGAUGACGAAUCAGAAGAAUUAGAAAUUAAUUUAUUACUAUCAUCAUCAGCAAUAAAGGAUGGAAAUAUUUUGAAAGCAAUAACUUUUUCUGAACUUGGUUUAAGUAAAUGGCUUUGUGAUCAAUUACGACAUCUUGCCAUAAAUACUCCUACACCAGUACAGAUAAAUUGUAUACCGCAUAUUCUUGCUGGUAGUGAUGUAUUAGGUUGUGCAAAAACUGGAACGGGUAAAACAUUAGCAUUUGGUUUACCAAUUUUACAUGAGUUAGCAGUUGAUCCAUAUGGUAUCUGUGCAUUGAUAUUAACACCAACACGAGAACUUGCAAUGCAAAUUGGUGAUCAAUUUGCAGCGCUUGGUGUAUCAAUUGGUCUUAAAAUUGGUAUUAUAGUAGGUGGAAAAGAUCGUGUUGCUCAGAGUAGUGAUUUAGCUAGACGACCUCAUAUUGUUGUUGCAACACCUGGACGAUUAGCUGAUCAUUUGGAGAGUGACUCUGAAAAUACUGGAAAGCUUUUUGAGAAAUUACGAUUUUUGGUGCUUGAUGAAGCUGAUCGUCUUCUAGAUGGACAAUACUCAAUUGAACUAAAAACUAUCCUAACUUUUCUACCAAAACAACGACAAACACUAUUAUUUAGUGCUACAAUUACAUCAGCAUUAAGUCAACUACAUCAAGUAUCUAUCAAAAAACCAUAUUUUUUCGAAGAUAAAAGUGAAAUUGCUACGGUUGAUAAAUUGGAGCAAAAAUAUGUGCUUUGCCCAUGUGCUGUAAAAGAUGCAUAUUUGGUAUAUGUUGUGAAGAAUUUUCAUGAAAAACAUCCAGAAAGUUUAAUUCUCAUAUUUUCACAUACAUGUCGAGAAUGUCAAGCAUUGGCAAUUAUGUUUCAUGGAUUAGGUUUCAAGGUUGGAUCAUUGCAUUCUCAGAUAAGUCAACAGGAAAGAACAUCUUCUUUAACCAAAUUCCGUUCUGGUCGCAUAAAAAUUCUGAUAUGCACAGAUGUUGCAUCACGUGGACUUGACAUACCUCAUGUCGAUCUAGUUGUCAAUCAUAAUGUACCACAAAAUCCUAAAACUUAUAUACAUCGAGUUGGUCGUUCAGCUCGAGCCGGAAGAUUCGGUUGCGCACUUCUAUUUGUCACUCAAUAUGAUAUAUAUUUACUCCAGGAAAUUGAAAAAAUAAUUAAGAAAAAAUUAGAUAAACUUGUUGUCAAUGAUAAAAAGGUAACACAAUACGUAACACAAGUGUUAGUAACUAAACGAGAAGCAGAAAUUAAAUUAGAUCAACAAAAUUUUGGUGAACGGAAAAUAAUCAAUAAGCGAAAAGAAAUGUUAAUUGCUGGAUUGGAUCCUGAUGAAGUUGAGAGAACUCUGAAAAUGCAACGCGAACAAAAAAAACAGACAGGAAAGAAGAGACGCAAACAAUUGGAAAAAAUAAUUGAUAAGCAGAAAAUGAAAAAAGAAAAGGAAAAAAUCAAAUCUGCAAGAUAA